CGCGGCGGGGACGACAGCGGCAGGUCUGAGGAAGGUGCGACGGCCUCGGCGGCGGCAGCGCGGAGGUCGGGCGGCACUUGGAGCUUCCCGCCCGUCGCUGGCGCUGGGGCUUUCGCCUCUUGCCCGGCUUCCAGCUCACGGCCCCGGCUGGGCAGGGCAGAACGCCCCCGGGGAGGGCGGAGCUGUAGAUACGGUGUAAGAUAUUUCUUCAAGAUUGCGCAACAGCGACCUAUUAUUUCUGAUUGACCUGAAGCUGACUUAUAGCCAUAGAGAAACCUCCCAAAGUUCCAUCUUUUGUUUUCUGCUUUACAUCUGUUUUGGUACCUAAGUUCAGCUUGCAACCAUGUAUGGAAGUGCUCGCUCUGUUGGGAAGGUAGAACCAAGCAACCAGAGCCCUGGGCGUUCACCGAGGCUUCCACGUUCCCCUCGCUUGGGCCAUCGUCGAACCAAUAGUACAGGAGGGAGUUCUGGAAGCAGUGCUGGAGGUGGCAGUGGGAAAACCCUUUCAAUGGAGAAUAUACAAUCCCUAAAUGCUGCCUAUGCCACAUCUGGCCCUAUGUACCUAAGUGACCAUGAAAAUGUGGGUUCAGAAACACCUAAAAGCACCAUGACACUUGGCCGUUCUGGGGGACGUCUGCCUUACGGUGUUAGGAUGACUGCUAUGGGCAGUAGCCCCAAUAUAGCUAGCAGUGGGGUUGCUAGUGACACCAUAGCAUUUGGAGAGCAUCACCUCCCUCCCGUGAGUAUGGCAUCCACUGUACCUCACUCACUUCGUCAGGCAAGAGAUAACACAAUCAUGGAUCUGCAAACACAGCUGAAGGAAGUCUUAAGGGAGAAUGAUCUCCUGCGGAAGGAUGUGGAAGUAAAGGAGAGCAAACUGAGUUCUUCAAUGAAUAGCAUCAAGACCUUCUGGAGCCCAGAGCUGAAGAAAGAACGAGCCCUGAGGAAGGAUGAAGCUUCCAAAAUCACCAUUUGGAAGGAACAGUAUAGAGUUGUGCAGGAGGAAAACCAGCACAUGCAGAUGACGAUCCAGGCUCUUCAGGAUGAAUUGCGGAUCCAGAGAGACCUAAAUCAGCUGUUUCAGCAAGACAGUAGCAGUAGGCCUGGCGAACCUUGUGUGGCAGAGCUAACGGAGGAGAACUUUCAGAGGUUACAUGCUGAGCAUGAGCGGCAGGCCAAAGAGCUGUUCCUUCUUCGAAAGACCCUGGAGGAAAUGGAGCUGCGUAUUGAGACUCAGAAGCAGACCUUAAAUGCUAGGGAUGAAUCCAUCAAGAAGCUUCUGGAGAUGUUGCAGAGUAAAGGCCUUUCUGCUAAGGCUACUGAGGAAGACCAUGAGAGAACAAGACGGCUGGCAGAGGCAGAGAUGCACGUCCACCACCUAGAAAGCCUUUUGGAGCAGAAGGAAAAAGAGAACAAUAUGUUGAGGGAGGAAAUGCAUCGGAGAUUUGAGAAUGCCCCUGAUUCUGCCAAAACAAAAGCUCUGCAAACUGUUAUUGAGAUGAAGGAUUCAAAAAUUUCCUCUAUGGAGCGUGGGCUCCGAGACCUGGAAGAGGAAAUUCAGAUGCUAAAAUCAAAUGGGGCAUUGAGUACUGAAGAACGGGAGGAAGAAAUGAAGCAAAUGGAGGUGUAUCGGAGCCAUUCUAAAUUUAUGAAAAAUAAGGUAGAGCAACUGAAGGAGGAACUAAGUUCGAAAGAGGCUCAAGGGGAGGAGCUGAAAAAGAGAGCGGCUGGUCUUCAGGCCGAGGUCUUUGCCAUUGGCCAGGUGAAACAGGAGCUGUCCAGGAAAGACACAGAACUGCUAGCCCUGCAGACAAAGCUAGAAACACUCACAAACCAGUUCUCAGACAGUAAGCAGCACAUCGAAGUGCUGAAGGAGUCCUUGACUGCUAAGGAACAGAGGGCUGCUAUCCUACAGACCGAGGUGGAUGCUCUCCGUUUGCGUUUGGAAGAGAAGGAAACCAUGCUGAAUAAAAAGACAAAACAAAUUCAAGAUAUGGCUGAGGAGAAGGGGACACAAGCGGGAGAGAUACAUGACCUCAAGGACAUGCUGGAUGUGAAGGAGCGGAAGGUUAAUGUUCUUCAGAAGAAGAUUGAAAAUCUUCAAGAACAACUUAGAGAUAAGGAAAAGCAGAUGAGCAGCUUGAAAGAACGAGUCAAAUCCUUGCAGGCCGACACGACCAACACUGACACUGCCUUGACGACUCUGGAGGAGGCCCUUGCAGAGAAGGAGCGGACAAUUGAGCGCUUAAAGGAGCAGCGGGACAGAGAUGAGCGAGAGAAGCAAGAAGAAAUUGAUAACUACAAAAAAGAUCUUAAAGACUUGAAAGAAAAAGUCAGCCUGUUACAAGGCGACCUCUCAGAGAAAGAGGCCUCACUCUUGGACCUGAAAGAGCAUGCUUCUUCCCUGGCUUCCUCAGGACUGAAAAAGGACUCACGGCUUAAGACACUAGAAAUUGCUUUGGAGCAGAAGAAGGAAGAGUGUCUGAAAAUGGAAUCACAGUUGAAAAAGGCACAUGAGGCAACAUUGGAAGCCAGAGCCAGUCCAGAAAUGAGUGACCGAAUACAGCAAUUGGAGAGAGAGAUCGCCAGCUACAAAGAUGAAUCUGGCAAGGCCCAGGCAGAAGUUGACCGCCUCUUGGAAAUCUUGAAGGAGGUGGAAAAUGAGAAGAAUGACAAAGACAAGAAGAUAGCUGAGUUGGAAAGGCAAGUGAAAGACCAGAAUAAGAAGGUAGCAAAUCUGAAGCACAAGGAACAGGUGGAAAAAAAGAAGAGCGCACAGAUGCUAGAGGAGGCGCGACGAAGGGAGGACAAUCUCAAUGACAGCUCCCAGCAACUGCAGGACAGUCUCCGUAAGAAGGAUGACAGGAUUGAAGAGCUGGAGGAAGCACUAAGAGAAAGUGUACAGAUAACUGCAGAGCGAGAAAUGGUGCUAGCACAAGAGGAAUCAGCCAGGACCAGUGCUGAAAAACAGGUGGAGGAGUUACUGAUGGCUAUGGAGAAGGUAAAGCAGGAACUCGAAUCCAUGAAAGCGAAGUUGUCCUCCACCCAGCAGUCUCUGGCAGAAAAGGAAACGCAUUUGACCAAUCUUCGGGCAGAGAGGAGGAAACACCUAGAGGAAGUUCUGGAGAUGAAGCAGGAAGCUCUUCUGGCUGCCAUUAGUGAAAAAGAUGCCAAUAUAGCUCUUUUGGAGCUUUCAUCUUCUAAGAAAAAGACCCAAGAAGAAGUGGCUGCGCUAAAGCGUGAGAAGGACCGUCUGGUGCAGCAGCUCAAGCAGCAGACACAAAACCGAAUGAAGCUAAUGGCUGACAACUAUGAGGAUGACCACUUCAAAUCUUCCCAUUCCAAUCAAACAAAUCAUAAGCCCUCCCCAGACCAGAUCAUCCAGCCCCUCUUAGAACUUGACCAAAAUAGAAGCAAACUAAAGUUGUAUAUUGGACACCUGACAGCCCUCUGCCAUGACCGAGACCCCCUGAUCCUUCGUGGACUCACUCCACCAGCUUCCUAUAACCUGGACGAUGACCAGGCAGCUUGGGAGAACGAGCUGCAGAAGAUGACCCAGGAGCAGCUUCAGAAUGAGCUAGAAAAAGGUGAGCGGGACAAUGCAGAACUGCAGGAGUUUGCCAACGCCAUUCUCCAGCAGAUAGCAGACCACUGCCCCGACAUCCUGGAGCAGGUGGUCAACGCGCUGGAAGAGUCCUCCUGACCCUGCUGCACGGAGAAGCCCGAGGUGGGCAGCCAAGGAGCCAGGAAGGGAGAACUGCGAGGAACAGGCCCCCAGAGCCUUCUUGGCACCAACCACUAUGCACCACGUCCUGUAUUGCUCACUUGAGGAAGUGUGAUUCCAGCACCGUUUCUCAUCUGUCAUCUGCCUCCGCCUUUCUGCUUUGGAUGUGGUCUCUACACUAAUUUUCCGCAUGUCCAGGGUGGGUCAACAGCUGAGUCUCUCUGAAGAACUGCCAUCCGGUCACUGACAGUGGGAACCGGAAGCUGGUGGCUGUGCCCUACAGGGGCUUCGGCAGAGAGCCCUCUCUCCUCCUGUCCUUUGUUGUGAGAACAAAGCCUGGAAUCUCCUCGGAGUUGAACAGGUUGAGAGAAUGCCUCACGCCAGACCGAGAGCUGAGUGUUCCAAUAUCACAACAGGUGCUUUCUCCUAAAGGGAAAAAAAAAAUCUCAGAAAGAGUAUUAGAAAAAGGGAGAGUGGGGAAAGAGUGAACAGGGACAAAGAGAAACCAACUCCUCUCGCUGUCUCUCUGCUUCCUUCCCACGUGUGACGUUUGUAUGGGGAGCCGGGCAGAGACCUCCCCACUCCCCUCCCUCCAGUCCGAGCCUCCGCCCGGCUCCACUCUGCCCUCAGCCAGCUGUCAGGAGGAUGGCGGGAGCAGUGACCGCAGGCUCUCUGUGUAAGACCUUUGACCUCACCAUAACUAGUUGUUAAAUAAAAUGUCAAUGGAAAGAGAAGAGAGGUUUGACACACGAGGCCCUGUCAUCCCUGCCUGCAGCUUUGCCCCUCUAGAAGGUUCCUCAGGCUCAGGCUGGUUUCCCCCAAAUGUCUCUGGGAUGCCGCCUGCCCUGCCGGCACCCAGGCCUGUGCCCCUGCAGGCAGUGGGGGCUGAGGUUGAAGAUCCAUGUCGUGCCCUUUCAGCUUGCUCUUGACUCGCCCUCUCAGAACCAGCCUCGUGCAUGCCUGGAACCUUCUUCUGGCGCAAGUGAAGGUUUCUUAUCCCAUGCAUUCAUUUCUCCAUUCUUUGAUCCCGAGGAUAUUUGUGAAAUGCCUGCUGUGCACAAGUCACCGUGUUGAAAGUCUCUCUUCAGUGAGGGAGCGGUGUCGUGGGUUCCACGAGGUGUGCCUGGUUGCGUCAGAGCAGCGAAAAGCACAUUACUCCCCUCCCCAUCUUAAUAGAAAAGUCUUUCAUAAGUCAGUAUUUCUCAUCGCUCAUGAUAAGGGAAUUGAUAGGUUUGAGGGGCCCAGUCGCCUUGUCGCCUGCGGGGUACCAUUUGGCAAUUGAGGAUUUUUGCUGUUCGCUGUUGUUACCCUGAGGGGCUGUGGGUGGCCACUCUCUGCCCAUCUGCACGUGCCUCGAGGGCUCAGCAGCUCCCCGUUUCAAAUCAGAACAUUGACCCUGAAGUUGCAAAUCCAGUUGAAGGUGUUGGCACUUUGAGGGGCAUUUUUCCCAAGCAUAGACAGUGGCCAUCUCAAAUAAUCAGGUUCCAAGAACUAGACCACCUAACCCACAUCUAGCCCUUCAACCACCUCUGCCAGCAGUAGCCCACCAGACACUCACAUCUUCUGAGGGGAGUUGCUGGGCUCCAUGUUCUGUCUCACAGUCUCCCCUCUGUCCUUCCCCAGUUACUCAGAGAAUUUCGUGCUGCCUGUAAGGUCAGCACAGCCAUCGGUGCAGGGCCUUCCCGCCACCAGGCCUAGAUGGUCCAGUUAAUCUGUGUGGUCAGCUCUCCUGCCCCCCUGUCCCCUGCUGUAAAGCAGCCCCUCUCCCCGUGAGAGGCUAUGGGUGCUCCUUACCAAAGGUCCAGAUGGACUGUGCUCGUAAACCUCCCACUGAGAUGCUUCCUCAUAGCCAGGCUGGCCGGAGGGGGCAGGGGCGAGUGGUAAGCAGUGGUCACUUGUGGUUAAUGAGCUAAAGUCUGUGCAUUUAUUGCACUGCCCAUAAGUAGGAUAGAAGCCCCAAGUACUGCGGGGCCGGGGUAUUAGGAUCUCACUGUGCCCACCAUAAUAUAAAGAACUGAGGUGUGACGACAGCUUCCCAGGAAUCGGCAGAGCAGAGAGCAGGGGAGGCCGUGCCUGAAGGAGCGGGCUGGCUGUCCUGCUGCUGGUCUGGUGGGGACGACGUCAGACUGGUCUCCCCACCCCCCACCUGGCCCUGGUUGUCAGGCACAGCACCUGCGCCCUCACCCAUGCAGCGUGUGACCGUCACUGCGCCUCCUUCCUUCUCUCGUUUCACCCUCCCCGUUACUUCCACUCCAGAAAACUUAUGGAAGCCCUUUGUGACAAGUGCUUCUGAGAAGGAAAAUUCCUGGGACAGACGUCUCUGGGCUCUGUGAGCAGCAGGGAACCUCCUUGAUCCUUCUUGGGCUCUGAUCUGGCAUCUGAAAUGAUUCGGGGACUAUUCGGCUACAGUUUAAUGGUAAACAUGUCCUGCCUUUGUGUUGCAGGAGCAAAGUCAAUACAGUUUCUCACAUUCAGAGUAUCUUAUUUAAUCUGGACCGUUCAUAGAGCACAACCCUGAUCACACUAGGGCUUGUCAUUCCAUGACCCUCUUCUGGUAUUCACGGUUUCACAAGGUCACUUAGCUGCUACUGACAGUAGGAAGCCUUGAAAACUCACUGCUGGGUGCCUAUAACCCCUGCCAAACUCCUCCGUUCCACUGGCAAGUCUCCUUGCCCUUUAGCACCUCAAGAAACACCCCAAAUCAAGGUCAUCAUAAACAGAGCGAGAAGAGUGUGUGUGACCCAGCCUGGGGCCCGUGACUGAGGAGGUACAGUGUAAGUUUCUCAUCUCUCAUAUACCUCUAUCCCAGGUGCCCAUUGAGUUCCUGAUGAAGUAUCUGAAUUGAAAUUUUCAAGGACUUGGAUACCUUUUGAAAUGCAAAAGAUUUUAAAUGGGCUUUAACAUAUUAAGAAAUAUGAAUGGGAAUCCCCAAAUUCAUCUCAGCUCUAACCAUUGUCCUUUCACCCUACAAUCAAGAUCUAAGUCAUUCCUCUCUUCCUCACCCUCGGGCUUUAGAAAUACUAGUCAAGCAGACUGGGCCCAGGACCACCGUCAGUGUCGAUGGUGGCAGUGCCAUGUGCCACUUUUGGUCAGUUAAAGUCUGUUUGGCUUUCCGUGAGGAGCUCAUGGCUCACCCUCUCCCCAGAGUGAGAGAAGAGGAAGGAGAAGUCAUCACAAAGUCCUUGUCAGCUGCUGAGGUCGUCCCUCCCCUGUUAAUGGUCAGGGUUGUGGAGGAAACCAGAAUAUGUCACUGCAAAAUACAACUUUCUAAGCACCCCAUCUGUCUGCAUUUGGCUUUGCCGCUAGAGAGUCCUGCUCCUCCGGGAGCCCUCCCGCCCCGCCGGGCCACCUUACUGAAGCACAGGCCAUCCACUGGCCACCCUCAGGUCUUUGCAGGAAGAGCCACACAAGGACCACAUCUCCUGGAGAGUCAGCCCUCGGUGGCAUUUCCUGCGUGCCAGUGGACCCAGCCUCAGCAGCACCAGAGACUGUCCUGUCUGCCCCCAACCUCGUGUCCACCUGCAGGAGUCCAGAGCUGUGGGAGAGGGACAAGCAGAGACAGACUGCGGAGCCUGCAGGGCCCACCCCCCGGGUUCUCGGGAAGGGACUCGAACUGUUCAAAGCUUCAAAGAGAACCUGGAGCCCCCCAGGUGAACCAAGGGAAUACAUAGGCAAGAAACACGUGACGUGGAAAUCCUUCUGAACAAAAUGGCUGUCUUUACCUGCUCUUUUUAAGCAAAAACUGUUUCCAAACUUUUUAGUGUCAAAACUGUAACCAAGUGUCUCCUGAUUUUCCCCAUUGUGUUUGGCGAGUGCUGUGACCCUGUCGUAGUUAUUUCUCCUCCUGACUCGGGGGAGAAGUGGUUUAGGGAUUGAUUUGGGGGAGCGGGUUUUCAUCCCAUCCCACCUCCUCUUCUGUCUCUCUGCUUGUCGAUAUUGUCUGUGUUAUUCAGAGAACUGGGGCAGUUAUGUUGUGUCCAUUAUUGAGAUUAUUAAAAUAUUAAAAAGUAGUUGUAGAACUGAAAAGUUAAAGAGCUGUGUUUUAAAAAUGCAAACCAGUGUCAUGUUAGCCAAGGAAUUCAAGCUAUGGGGCAGCCAGGCUCCUCGCCCUCCUCCCAAGCUGGCGGAGGUGGAAACACAGCGACCACACUAUGGGCAGGUGACUGCCUGGGGGAGAGACGGCUUCCGAGUAAAAGGAACGCGAAUCUGGGGGCCAGAGACUCAGUUGUGCCAGGAUUUUCCUAUCCAUCCUCAGGACCUGUCGGUGGAGGUUUCACAGUUUGUGACCCUAGAACCACCCUCACCCACAUCGGUCCCGGCUCAGUGUGCCUAGUACUCUGUGGUAACCUGGGCUUGAACCCAAAGCCCACACCUGGCAGGCCGCGGGGCCUCCCUCCUGCCCACUUGGUGCUAUACCCUCCCGGGGCCCGUCCAGGAUGGGCCAAGCGCGGCCAGCCUGGAGCCUGCAGUCCAGGUGGGACGGCGCGUCCUCCCAUCCAGUUCCUUCUGGCUUCAGGCCCUAGAGUGUUGCCCGGUGAGCUUUUUGCACCUCAGGUCUCCCAGGCCCGGGCCCCAGAGAUGCCACGGUCAGGAAGGGAUGUGAACCCUGCUGAAGCCAGAGAAUCUGCCCGCGGGCCAGAGCCAGCCCUCUGGGUCCCACCUCCUUUCCAGGCCACACCAGCACGGCGCGUCCGCGGCGCAGCUCGGCCCGGCCCCGGAUCUGCCCCGCACGUCCCGUGCCUGGGCUGCGGGAGAGAAGCGCGGGGUCCUGCCCGCACGUAGCUUGAGUUCCUGACGCGAAGGCGCCGCUGCCUUCAGCUGUGCGUGCGUCCCCGCCGCAGCCGCGCCACCGACAGGGUGCCGGUACCAAGAAAUUGUGUUAUAUUCUACUUGGCCUUGACAAUUACUGUAAACACUUUGUUCAUUUUUUCUUUUUUAUUCACAAACUAAAUCCAUCAGGAAAUUAUAAAGUUAUUUAAAAAUGA